GUAGGGUAACAAUUCUACAAAGUUUAACUUAUUAUCCCAAUUUAAUUUAUUAUCCCAGUUUGUGUUCCACUAUUUUGAAGCUUGCUCCUCAAGACUGGUACCAAGUCUUGUUCCAAUUGGCUGUUCAUGAAGAAAGCUGAUAGACUGGUACCUAUUUUGAACCUAUCUCCAUGUGGUGUGUCUUCAAGUGGUUCAUUAGUCUGGAAGAUUCUUUGCUGGAAGUUGCUUGUUUCACUCAAGCUAUGGACACCCUGGAAGUUGAAAUACACCUGUUUCUACUCAAUUUGGACUUAUACUAGCAUGUUAGUUCAAGAAACUACAUGUGGGAUGUCCAUUAUAGGUUUGUGAUACCAUUUCUUAGUGAGGACUUGUGACCAUGAGGCCAGCAAGCUAGCUGUGGAGUCCAUGCUUUCCCCACAAGAAUCAGUGACCACAUGGGUAGGCAUGGACAUCUCAAAAAAAAAGUACCUUGAUUGGCUUUGUGUGGGAUCGCAAUGCAGCUGCCCUCUGGUCUAACAGUGUUGAUGUUUUCCUCACUAGUCAUUCUCUCAUCUCCUGGAUUGAGCAGAGUUUCAUGCGAUGUUCGUUUGAUCGGUGGUCCGGACACAGCGCCGAAUGUUGGCAGGGUCGAAAUCUGGGACCGAAACUCAUCAGAAUGGCUUGCUGUAUGUGGCAAUGAUGAUUGGGACUUCGAUGAAGGUCAGGUAGUUUGCCGAGAGCUAGGGUACCCAGGCGUGGAUAGGUCGAUGACGGGAACGUACCUCGAUGGGGCUUCGAGGUCUGUCAGUGGAUUUCAGUGUCAUGGAACUGAGAUUUCUCUGGAACGAUGUACACAUUCUGCUGGUGUAAUGGACGCACCGUGUGACUUGGGACAAACAGAGGUCAUUUGCAAAGCUCCAGGAUAUAUAGGUUGCUUCAACGAACCACGGGGAGGAAGAAUCUUCACAUACAAAGAAACCAUUGACGACCUAACGACAGAGGUGUGCCUCAAUCUGUCCCGGAGCCAAGGUGGUCUUGGGUUCAUAUACACCGGGACCCAGAAAGGCAACGAGUGCUGGUACGGUCUGACGGACCAGGACUUUUGGAAUCGAGGGGAAGAGGAAUCUCGAUGUGAUACUAUCUGCAAAGGCAACUCAAACCGGACAUGCGGUGGUGAGGGAGACCGACUCUCAAUUUAUGACGCGAAUCUUGGCUACUGUGAUGAUCCAGGAACUAUCUCCAAUGGCAAUCGGAGCAUACGUCACUCAGCGGAUGACUUCUAUUUCGCAACAAUUGUUGAGUUUGCUUGUGAUUCCGGAUUUGAACUGCAGGGAACACCAUCCAUACAGUGUACAAUGGGGUUCAAAGGAUACGGAGUGGAAUGGAGUAAUGGUGUUCCUGAAUGUUUGGUUCCAAUAACUCAGCCUUCUACAUUGGUACCGGUAACAUCAGAGAUGACGAACACUGAAGGGCAAGCUUCAGACACAGGUGCGUGUGCUGGAGUAGGAGCGGCCGUGGCGUUUGGCAUCCUCUUUAUUGCUGCGUUGGUUGGAAUCGGCUACUGGAAAUUGAGCACCACGGGAAGUAAAAAACAACAAGCACGCAGAACCGAAGACAAGACGCUCCGUCUUGCGAAGCUAUCCGACCUCAACGACGACAGCAGAGAUGAUCAAACUGCCAUAGAAACUACACAACAUGAGGAUACUUCUAACCAACCGAAAGAUUCUGGAUGGGUGGAUAAUACGGUGUAUGAGUCUUCCAAUGAUACUGCAGGUCCAGAAUACAUCGAGAUUAAUCAUCAACCACAGUGACACACAUAAUAUACUAGGCCUACACAUCCCAGAUAAAGCUUGUACCGCAGGUGACACACAAGCAUCCCUUCCCUGCUACCCGAUGGCAGGAGAUUGAGUCACCCAGAGAUUCCCUCCUCCCAUACGACAAAGACGUCUUCUUUUAUAGCGCCCUCUUUUUGAAUCCUCCUCCUUCGGGCAGCCCACGUUGUUACAUAACAUUAGUAUGGGGGACAUAAUCUCCGACAGAAAGAUUUCCCUUGGGCACCCGCUCCACUUGUUACCGAUGAGAGCCCAUCAUUGAACG